GAGAGAGAGAGGGAGAGAGAGAGAGAGAGAGAGGAGCAGCUAAACAGGUGGUCUGGAAACACAGAAAACAAUGUCGUCCGGCGGGGAGAAGCGGAAAGAGCUCCAGUCGUGUCUUCUCUGAAGGAAUAGCAGAACCGGCUCAAACCCAUGCGCCUGUCGGGCUCCCACCAGGAUUUUCCCUCUUCCUCCUCCUCCUCUUCCUCCUGUCGGUUUUGCCCCGAAUCCGGGGAAGAUCUGGGAUCCUGAACCAUGAAAGUCACGGUGUGUUUUGGCCGGACCCGGGUGGUGGUUCCGUGCGGGGAUGGGAAUAUUAAAGUGCACGCGCUCAUCCAGCAGGCUGUCAUGAGAUACAAGAAAGCGAUCGCCAAGGACGCCACUUACUGGCUGCAGGUCCACCGGCUGGAGCACGGCGACGGAGGGAUCCUCGACCUGGACGACGUGCUCUGCGACGUGGCCGACGACAAAGACAGGUUGAUCGCCGUAUACGACGAGCAGGAGCCCCAUCAUGGCGGCGACGGCACCAGCGCCAGCUCCACGGGGACGCAGAGCCCCGACCUGUUCGCCGCAGACCUCAGCGCCGGGAGCGGCGCCUCGGCCUUUCAGCCCUACCAGGCGGCCAGCGAGAUCGAGGUCACGCCGUCGGCGCUACGUACCAACAUGCCCCUCCAUGUGCGGCGCAGCAGCGAUCCCGCCCUGACCACCAUCAACGGGCCGUUCGGCGGCGGCGGCGGCGAAUCACGGGUCCAAACGGAAGACGCGCCGUCGAGGAAGAACCCGACGCGCUGGUCCACCACCGCCGGCUUUCUGAAGGUUCGCCACGCCACCGGUACCAACAGCCUGGAGAGAAAGGGUAAAAACACGGACACGUACCGCAGCCUGCCUCGAGACGCCGGGGGCUGGGCCAAUCAGAGGGAGUUUCAGAGGGAGACGGCCCGCUCGUCCCUCAGCGCCAACCAUCCAAUGGUGGACCGCUGGCUGGAGAGACAGGAGCAGGAUGACGACACCAGAGAGGAGGAGAACGGGAGGAUCGAGCCUGUCGGGCGAGCCGACUCCUGCCUGGACCACGCUCCCGUGAAAUCCCUGGAAGAUAUUGUCAAACUGGUGGAGGUGUCAAACGACGGCGGGCCCCUGGGAAUCCACGUGGUGCCUUUCAGUGGCAGGGACCGCAGGACUCUUGGCUUGUUGGUCAAGCGUCUGGAGCGGGGAGGGAAGGCCGAGCAGCAGGGCCUGUUCCAGGAGAACGACUGCAUCGUCCGUAUUAAUAACGGAGACCUGCGAAACAUCCGAUUCGAACAAGCUCAGAACAUGUUCCGCCAAGCCAUGCGCUCCCCGGUCAUCAUGUUCCACGUGGUGCCGUCCUCCAUGAAGGCCCACUACGAGCAGCUGUCGCAGGCCGAGAGGAACCCGGCGUACUCCUCCGGCCGCUUCAGCCCCGACUCCCUGGGCGGCGGCAGCGUGUCGGGCGUCGACCACACGCCGCAGAGGAUGUCCAGGCACGGGUCUCAGUCGCACCCGCACUCCCACCCGCACCCCCACGCCCACCCCCACGCCCACCCGGACCAGACGGACGGCUACCCGCCCAUGACCCACCCGGCCGUGUCGGCCGCCAAGCCUCCCACCGGCCACGCCCACUCCCCGCAGAGGGCGCUCAACUCCACGCCCACGGCGGGCUACACCAAGAAGAUCGGGAGGAGGCUCAACAUCCAGCUGAAGAAAGGCCCGGAGGGACUCGGCUUCAGCAUCACGUCGCGGGACGUCCCCAUCGGGGGCUCGGCGCCCAUCUACGUGAAGAACAUCCUUCCCCGGGGGGCCGCCAUCCAAGAUGGCCGCCUCAAGGCGGGAGACAGGCUGCUGGAGGUGAACGGCGUCGACCUGAACGGCCGCACCCAGGAGGAGGUGGUGGCGUUGCUCCGGGCAACGCCGAUGGGCGGGGCCGUGUUCCUGCUGGUGCUGCGCCAGGAGGACGCCUUCUUACCCCGUGAAGUGAACGCUGAGGCCCAGAUGCAGUCCUCCAGAGAUUCGCUUCCGAGGCAGCCCGUGGCCGUCGGGAAACCCCAUUGGCUCGGCGAGAAGGCGGAGGAGGACGAGUUGGUCUUGACUCCAGACGGUACCAGAGAGUUCCUGACCUUCGAGAUCCCCCUCAGUGACUCCGGCUCGGCGGGUUUGGGUGUCAGCGUCAAAGGCAACCGCUCCAAGGAAAACCAUGCGGAUCUGGGCAUCUUUGUGAAAUCCAUCAUCAAUGGUGGAGCGGCCUGUAAGGACGGACGCCUGCGGGUAAACGACCAGCUAAUUGCUGUCAACGGCGAGUCGCUGCUGGGCAAAACCAACCAAGACGCCAUGGAGACGCUUCGCAAGUCGAUGUCAACGGAGGGUAACAAGCGUGGGAUGAUCCAGCUCAUCGUGGCCAGACGAGUGGCUAAAAGGAGUGAGGAGACGCCAGGGAGCCCGAUGGGACCCCAGCAGACUCUGAACACCUCCCUGGACGACCACGAACGGAGAAUCUCACACUCUCUCUACGGCGGCCUCGAGGGGCUCGACGACAACCUGAUGCCACGACAAGGAAUGAUGCCACGCACAAUAGGGAACUACCAGCUGUCGCCGACCGUCAACAUGCCGCAGGACGACACCGUGAUCAUCGAGGACGACCGGCCGCCGCUGCUCCCGCCUCACCUCUCCGACCAGUCGUCGUCCAGCUCUCACGACGACGUGGCCUUCGCCGCGGACGUGACGCCGUCGUGGGCCAAAGAGCCGCCCGUUCAGAACGACAGCUCCCUGAAUCCAGACGAGAAUCAGGCCGACGGCGCCUUCCAGAGGGAAGGCUUUGGACGCCAGAGCAUGUCGGAGAAGCGCACCAAGCAGUUCGGAGACGCCGCUCAGCUGGAGAUCAUCAAGACACGCAAGUCCAAGAGCAUGGAUCUAGUAGCCGACGAGAUUAACCUCAGCCCUCGUCCCGAGGCCAACGCAGGUUCCUCCACGAAGGACGUGGGCCCGUCGCUGGGCCUGAAGAAGUCCAGCAGCCUGGAGAGCCUGCAGACCGCCGUGGCCGAGGUGACCCUCAACGGGGACCUGCCCUUCCACAGGCCCCGCCCCCGCAUCAUCAGGGGGCGGGGCUGCAACGAGAGCUUCAGGGCCGCCAUCGACAAGUCGUACGACCGGCCGGCGCCCGCCGAGGAGGACGACGAGGGCAUGGAGACAUUGGAGGAGGACACGGAGGAGAGCUCCAGGUCGGGCCGGGACUCGGUGUCCACGGUGGCGGACCAGACGCCGCUGUCCGGCACCGAGAAGCCCCUGGUCAACGGCACCAGCCGCGCCAAAGAGGAGAAGAAGAAGGACAAGGACAAGGGAGGGAAGGAGAAGAAGAAGCAGCAGGAGGGAGGAAAAGACAAGGACAAGGACAAAGACAAGGGAAAAGCCAAGAAAGGGAUGCUGAAGGGACUGGGAGACAUGUUCAGGUUCGGGAAGCACCGCAAAGACGAGCGGCCCGGAGAGAAGAUGGACCGCAAAGGCUCCAGCAAGUGGAGGCCGGAGGAGACGCAGGCGUCGGACGAGGAGACGAUGAAGAUGAGGAUGGAGCAGGAGAGGAUUCAAGCCAAGACCCGGGAGCUGCGGGAGCGCCAGGCGCGGGAACGCGACUACGCCGAGAUCCUGGACAUGAGCCGCUCGCCGGAGCGCUCCUCCGAGGAGGACCACCCGUACGCCGGCGUCAACAACAACGCCCUCAACAGCUCGGUGGACAGCGGCCACAGCCGGCCCCACAGCCCCCGGGACGACCAGCAGCAGCUGCACCACCCGCACCACCAGCACCAGCACUCCGACACGCUCUACGCGCCAGUCGGCAAGGCGCGCGGCGACCGGCCUCCGUCUGCAGACAGUAACCGCCUGACCCCGAGCAACCACGACCGGAUACAGAGGCUGCGGCAGGAGUUCCAGCAGGCCCAGACCGUCCCGGAGGACCCGGACGACCGCAGGAGGACGUACAGCUUCGAGCAGCCCUGGCCGAGCGCCAGCAGCAACGGCCCUGGAGGCUACAGCCAGCCGGGCCGCCACUCGGUGUCGGUGGAGGUGCAGAUGCAGAGGCAGAGGCAGGAGGAGAGGGACUCGUUCGCCCAGGCUCAGCGACAGUACAGCUCCCUGCCGCGCCAACCGAGGAAGAACCCCAGCUCCGUCUCCCAGGACUCCUGGGACAAGGCGUACCCGCCUGGCGAGGUCUUCCAGACAGCCAAGGACAACCCCAGGUACUCCAGCUACCAGGGCACGAGGAACGGCUACCCAGGCGGCGGCAGCGUCAACGCCAGAGUCCUCCUGGAGGCCCAGGAGCUCCUGAGGCAGGAGCAGCGCCGGCGAGAGCAGGAAGCCAAAGGAAAGCUAAUGCAGGAGAGCACAAGCAACAGCAGCUACGAGGGGUACACAGCACACCUGAAGGACCCAGCCUCGCCCAAGGGUCCGUACCGCCACGACGUGCCGCCUUCGCCUUCGCAGCUGGCGAGGCUCAAUAGGUUAGGGUCGGAGAAAGGAAGACUCUUUUACUCUUGAGGAGUGUCGUUGGACUGGUGGACAAGGAGACGAACAAAGAACAUCCAGUGUCGGAGCUGAAGGGAAUACCUUGAAGGAACGGCAACUGUGGACGCGACAAAGGACAAAGCUAGAGGUCUUAGAGCUUAGCGGUGACCUUAGAGGUAAACAGUUGUGAAGUGUACUCGGUAUGUGGGUGUUUGUGUUCGAUCCCCCACGGUGCUGAUGACCUAUAGCCGUCGUCAGUCAGUCAGUCACUCGCCCUCCUACAGAACAUGAGACACUCAGUGCCUUCUCCGCGUUCACCAACACGCCGCUUGUUCACAGUCGUCCAGGACUCUGAUUCAUCCAGAUCUGGCAUCGUCACGUACUGACAAUCAAAUGGGCAGACAGGCGAGUGAGUGGGCGCUUUUUUUUUUCUUCUUUUUUGGGCUCACGGGGAGGCGUAAGUUUCUGUGUGGGUCUGUGUGUGGGCAUGUGACAAGGUACAUGUUCCGCCACCGAGUACGCGUGUCCCACGGAUGACUCUCCCCACCUGUCACAAAUGGCCCUUCGGUGAGCAUCCGGCCCCCUGACCGGUCGCUGCCUCGCCGUUGCUUUUUUCGCCGUUCUCAUCUUCUCUCCACAAGCGAUGGAGCUCGCAGAACUCCCCCGGGAGCGGGGAAAACAAGGCAAAGUAUGUGAAAGAAAGCAGGGCACAGUGUGUGUUAUUAACAAGAAAGCCCCCCCUUCCCCCCCCUCCAACGCCCCCACCACUCAUAAAUGAUUCAUACUGUGUGUUAUCUCCAUGGAGGAGACUGAGGCGGAGAGGGGAGACAGCUCUGAUCCUCUGCCUGGCCCCGCUGCACGGCUCUGGGCUCAAGUCGUAGAGCUUGCCGUCCUCUCCUCUCCGCCCUCAUCACCUCUCCCGUUCAUUACGCUCAUCCUCUUCUACCUCAUCCCCCCCCCCCCCCCCCCCCCUGCUCGAUCCUCUCCACACCUUUCUCUCAUUUCAACACCCCCAACUCUCUCUGUUGAAUCUUCCUCCAGCUUCCACCCUCCUCCUCCUCCUCCUCUUACUCCUCGUCUCCCAAGUCAGGCUCUGCACUGAAUUUUUCAUCACAAGCCACCUGCUGCCUGCCAGAGCCAAAGAACGCCGCCACCAGAGGCCCCGACAGAGGGCCCAGCUUCUGACAUCAAGAAUGGAAGAGAAGCAAAAAAAAAAAAUAGAAAAAGAGCAGAGAGAGAUGGGUAAAAUAGACAAUGAACCUCCCAGUGUGAGAUUAACUGAAGCUUUUCUCCCAUUUUUAACAAAAGGAGAAAAAAAAAAUCGUCCUCAGGAGUUAAUUGCUUUCAAUUGCUCUAAUUGCUUUGUCUUUUUA